AUGAAACACAGAUUAUCCCACGAAAUAGAUAACUACCCUGAACCAGACGAUGUGGGCAUAAUCAGAGUCACGGCAAGGCUCUUUGGCCAAGAUGAUAACUCGACGUUCACGGUUCUGUCGCUUGCAAGAGACUUCAUCGCGAACGACGAGUGUAAAAGCAAAGAAGACUUGAACUACUUCUUGUUGGAAGCCGGAAUCAAUGAAGAUGUUAUCAGUAAUGCGAUAUUGGAGCUAAUUGUUUAUGUUGAUGAGGUAACUUGCCCUGCAAGUAUCGAGUACUCUCCUGGAUGUGCUUUGAAAGUUCGGUUGGAUCUUAUUCCUGAUUAUCUCGAUGAUGAUGAUGACACUGUGAUGAGGACCUAA